AUGGCAGUGCGAAUCGUAUCAAUUAUUGAUCAGAUCGGUCAAAGUUUAAAUCAAAAUACCGCUGCAGCAGCAUUAUUUGUCGAUUUUAAAGCGGCGUUUAAUCAACUAUGGUACAAAGGUUUAUGGCUCAAACUUCGUGGGCUGGGCUGUCCUUUGCACCUACUGGCUAGGUUACGUUCUUAUCUAAAGAAUCGAACUGCUUAUAUUGAGAUCAAAGAAGCUGAUCUGACGGUACCAGCUCAUGAAAGUGUUUCACUAAAAAAUGGCGAAAAUGCCCACAAUAGGACGAUUCUGCUGGGAAAUGAGAUUUCCACAGGUCAAGAAGGCCACCCUGCCAUUGCUUUAAAAUUUUUUAAACGUGAUAUUCGUUACCAGGAGGCCGAGUUGUACUAG